AUGGCUGGCCAGUCUAGUGCUGCCAUGAAUGCUGUUGAAUCGGCCAAUGCGUACUUGGCACAGGUGAAAGAGGCUAUGGGCGUGGGGGAAGACCUAUCAACUUCUCUCGCCAUCAGCACAGCCAUAAGCCCCAUGGACAUUGAGUCAUUCCGGGGCUAUGGGUUCCCCAAGGUGAUGAGGCAGUGA